AUGCCGGCAGCGAAAGUCCCGGUGCUCGUUCGACCCCAGUUCCUCGACGGCAUGCCUGAUGUGUCGCUCGCACCGUACGCAAUCCCCAACCAUGGCCGUUUGGCUGGGGCCGCGUCGGACGCAACGCACCUUGCUGGCCCAAAGCUGCCCUCUGGCCUGGUCCCCAUUCGACAGCCGUUGCCUGCAUCAGCUUCGCUCCUGUCAAGUAUUGCCGGAUCGUAUCAGGGCCAAGCAAACCAGGUUGGCUCCGAGGAACAUGACGGCCAAACCCCGCCGACGCUCGAUUCUCCAGGAGUGGAUGGCAACAAUCAGCGCCUGGUUGGGCCCAUCGUCGAUAGCGACAGUCAAGUGCUGUCAGAGAUACUCUCUUGCAGAUUAGGAAGUCGCCGUAUAGUGCGCACCGUCUGGACCCAUGGAGCCAACGGGCCGUCCAAGGCUGCAGUCUUUACCGAGUCGAGGCGGCGACCUGUUGGCUUGACAUCUGGAUCAAACUUGUCCUGGAGUAAUCUUGACAUCAUCCAAAAGUUUCUUGAGCCUCAUCUAUCUCGAUUAGUUGACAUGUGCGAGCCUGUUACCUCAUUUUAUCUGCGGCCUGUAGCUGAUGCCUUGCUUGUAGUUUCAUGA